AUGGCAGGGGUACUUGCAAACAACUCAGGGCGAUCCACGCCCCAGGCGGAUGCCGCGGUUGAGAAGAAUGGAGCCCAUGUUGAAUUCAAUGAGCAAACUAAUUAUGUGCCUAAGCGCACCAUCAUCACGAUCUUCCUGGCAUGUUCCACGGUCGAUUUACUGGCUUUGAUGGACCAGACAACUCUGGCGGCCAGUUUGUCUAUUAUUGGGAAUGCAUUAGGAGCUAGUGAUCAAACUUCGUGGAUAUCGGGCGGUUAUUUCGUAACAUCAACAUGUUUCCAGUUACUAUAUGGCAAACUUUCUGACAUCUGGUCUCGCAAGCUGGUUCUCUUCGUCGGUCUGGCCAUCUUCUUUUUCGGGUCACUAGCAGCCUCUCUUGCUCAGACUGCCACACAAUUGAUCGUCUUCCGUGCUUUCACUGGAGUAGGCGGCGGCGGCCUUAUGACAGUUGCACAGAUGAUUGUCAGUGAUGUUGUUCCACUUCGUGAACGAGGUAAAUAUCAAGGUAUCCUAGGUGCCGUGGUUGCUAUUGCCAACGGCAUAGGCCCUGUCAUCGGCGGUGCAUUAGCCUCGAUAUCGGAAGACUCAUGGCGAUGGAUCUUCCGUCUCAAUCUGCCUUUAACAGCUUUGACUACCCUGGCGGUUCUGUUCUUCAUGCCUCUUCGCAAGGUUACUGGUGACUGGAAAGUCAAGCUGAAGGCGAUCGAUUUCUUCGGUGCGCUUUUGGCUCUAGGGGGAACCUCAGUCCUGCUUCUUGGUUUGACUUGGGGUGGUGGUGAAUACUCAUGGAACUCAGCUCAUGUUAUUGCAACUUUGGUUGUUGGAUUCGCCAUCUCUGUUGCUUUUGUUGCGUGGCAGUGGAAGGGAACGUCAACGCCGCUUGUUCCAAUGCAUAUUUUCAGGGGCAAGAUUGUGAACGGCGCCUGUUUGACUAUGUUUAUCAAUGGGUGGAACUUUUGGUUCAAGUCUACUAUAUUCCCACCUUCUAUCACUGUCAGCAGUACCGGUUCUGGCCUCAUUGUACAUUGGGUUGGCCGCUAUCGAGAAUGUAUCCUCUUUGGAUGGGUCAUCUGGGCUGCUGGGCUUGGGCUUUUCUCGACACUCGAUCAGAACUCGGGACUGGGAAAGCAGAUUGGAUAUGGUAUCCUCACAGGUGUUGGAGUUGGAAACACUCUGCAGCCUGCUCUCAUUGCCGUCCAGGCUGGUGUCGAAAGGCGAGACAUGGCUGUGGUCACCUCCUUCAGGAACUUUGUACGCAAUCUUGGUGGCACACUUGGCCUUGCUAUAGCGGGAACUAUCAUCAACAACAUCGUCUCCUCGUCCAUCUCAGUCCUUCAACUUGACGAGACUCAGUCCCGUUCCCUCCUCUCCAGUCCACAAAAUUAUCUUUCAAAGCUACCUGCAGAAGAUGCACAGCACGUGCGUGAUGUUCUUACCCCGGCGUAUCAAAAAGGCUUCCGCAUUAUCUUCAUCAUUGGUGCAUCGCUUGCAGCACUUGCUUUCUUCUUGUCUGCUUGGCUGAUCCCACAGCUUGGUCUAAAGCGAGCAGAUGAUGAAAAAUUGAAAGAGGAGGGAAAGAAGAGGAUAGAAGGAAAAUUGGACGAGGAGAAGAGAUAG